AUGCCUCCCGUCUACGUGGACUCGGAUUUAUUCUCAAACAACAACAAACAAACGGAGAUUGGAAGAUAUAUGGUCCAAGCUGGGUCACGUCUCAUCGUCCCAGCCAAAUCCCGAUAUGCAAUGAUCGAGCUAGAAUGCCUCGCAGCGGCCUGGGCCAUGAAAAAAUGUAAGAGUUUUCUCGAAGGCCUCCCAUCAUUCGAAGUCGUACUGGACCACCGGCCAUUAAUCUCAAUCCUCAACGACUACACACUAGAUCAACUAGAUAACCAACGCCUCCUCCGUCUCAGACUGCAGAUGUAUCGAUUCUCUUUCAACGCCAGGUGGGUAUCGGGUAAAGAGAAUGUCGAAGCCGACGCCCUAUCUCGUUCACCAGUCGACCAACCAACGGAAGCCGAUCUGUUGGGAGAAGGACUAACAUCCUACACGGCCCGUACAUCAGUUGUCAACAUGAUUGCCGAAUGGAGUGGAUCGAAAGAGGGAACAACGGACAUGACCCUGGAGGGUAUCAAAGAAGCAGCAGCAAUAGACCGGGACCUUCAAGACCUACGCGAAGUUAUCAUGAAUGGAUUCCCAUACGAAAAGACCAACUCGGCCGUCAAUGUCUGUCCCUUCUGGAACAAGCGAGAGAGCCUAGCAAUCGACGACAAAGACGACAUGAUUGUAUGCGGCGCAAGAGUCGUCAUCCCACGAGCGAAAGUGCCGGAAAUAUUGAAGACUCUAGUCGGGAUGCACCAAGGCGAAACACAAAUGCGCCAGCGAACCCGACUAUCAGUCUACUGGCCCAACAUGGACGUCGAAAUCUCGAAUGCCGCCAAGAGUUGCGAUAGCUGCGCCAGCCAUCUCCCAUCACCACCAGCAGAGCCGCUCCGCCCACACGAACCAGCAACAAGGCCCUUUCAGUUUAUCCAUGCCGAUAUCGGAGAAGACGACGGUCGACAUUUCCUUGUGAUCGUCGACCAAUUUUCUGGAUGGCCAGACGUGACAUUGUACGAGGACAAGAACACGACAGCCAACCGCCUAGUCAACAGCUGCCGGCCACUAUUUGAAACCAUGGGAGCGCCAGAAGGAUUCUGGUCCGACAAUCAGCCAUUUAAAGCAGCCUUUUUUCAGGAUUCUCUCGCCAAAUUCAACGUCUCCUGGCACUCGUCGUCACCCCACUACCCAAAAUCCAACGGCCGAGCAGAAGCAGGAAUAAAACAGAUCAAGAAACUCGUCUGCGGCUCCAAAACCGAUGGCAGAGUAGAUCCAGACAAGAUGGCCAAAGCCCUGAUGCUGUUUCGGAACGCCCCCCGCUGCGGCGGUGGACCAUCACCAGCCGAAAGCGUAUUCAACCGACCGAUUCGCAACGGUCUUCCGUCGCACCUCCGCUCUUUCACCAACGAAUGGCAACGAGAGCCAGAGGAGCUGGAACGCCGUAUGACUGCCAGCCGCGAGAAAAGCAGAGAAUUCUAUGACGCCAAUGCCCACACUCUCGCAGCCCUUAAAGUCGACGAUCACGUCCUGAUCCAAGACCCAGACACUUCCAGGUGGUCCAUUCCGGGCAAGGUAAUCGAACAUCACAACACCGUGUCGCCUUGA